AUGGGCGACAGCAGUUACAAUUCGCCGGUCAGAAGCAGUUACGGGUCGCCGGCCAGGAGUUUGAAAAUGUUGGACAGGGUGUACGGUUCUCCGGUGCGAUCGUAUUGCGGCGAUCAUUCUUCCGCGACCGAGUCCGAAGGCGAAGACUUUGCCUCGUUGGAUCCACUGCAGACCGAGAUACCCGGCUCGCCGGACCAAACGGUCAUCGACGGUUGGCUGAAGUUCAGGGACAACAAAAAAGUAAGUGGUUAUUACCGGGAGGUCGACGACGGUUAUUCGUACAAACGGUACGGACCAUAUGUUAAUGUAAAAGCUAGAAUCGGGCGAGUGUUCGAUUCUUUUGAAAUAGAGCCGAGUAAAUAUUAUAUUUCUUCGGGUACACGAAAAUUGUCGAGUAUUUGAAAUUGAACGAGUACCUACCAGCUCGAAUAUGUACUGCAGUGUGUACACACUGAAAUCGCAGAGUUCUGUAUUCUUGACAGACCGCGCGAGAGUUGAUUAACAUGCAAAUUUAUCGUUAUCAAAAACAAAACUAAUGGCAAUUUUUUGUAAAUUUAAAUCGCCACGAAAAUGCGACGAAAAUCGAGUAUAUGAGUUUACACGAGUACAGCGGAAAACAAUUUGUUGGGUCGAGUAUCCACUCGAAAUCGACUCGCGAAUUUUUUCCAAAAUCGAGUAGGUACCCGCCCAAAUUCUUAAUUAAAAACCUGUAGUACGAUAGUGUUUAAUUUAUAUAAUUCGGCAAUGCGAAUUAACCAUACAUAUUUUUUUUCUCUUUAUACUGAUCAAGUCAGGAAAUAAAAAUAAAUCUAGGAAAAACGCAUCUCGAGUUGAAUGUAAAGUUACAUUUUACAAAAUAAAUUUUGCCUUAACUUAACACUCGUAAACGCCACCACAUCUUUGAUAUUUAUACUUUAAUUAUUCUCACCCCGGGGUACGGCGCACGCGUGUGAAUUUCCCGAAGGUCUCAUGUCUGCUGUCUUAUUACGUGAAAAUAACGGUAUGCACGUAAAAAUACGUAAUUUCUAUUCGAAAUAUAAAUGUAAAAAAUGUGGGAACAAACAACGCGUAAAUAUCUUCGAUUUUAACAAAACAAUCAAAUAAUAUAAUUACCUGAAUUUAAUGUUCUCAAGAAAUAAUUUAGUUAUCAAGCUUCUAAUUAAAUUUUCAACUAGUUAACGUCAACGUUUUGUAGUAUAGGCAAGGCUGGGCAAAUCGAUGAUUUUUUUCAAUUCAACCAAGUUAGAAGUUAACCUAAAUUUAAAAUUAACUUUUUAACUUAAGUUAUGUAAAUAAAAAAAAACAAAAAAAAUUUUAUAUUGUCUAUGGUCUUAUUGUACAUAUUACCUAUGGCCUAAUAUCUAACUACCUACGACUCCAAACGGCUGUAAUAGUAAAAAAUAACAGGCAUUCAUAACAAUUUGUAUUUUAAAAUGUUCAUAAUAAUAAUAAUAUAUUUAUUUAUAUAUAAAUAAAAAUUGAAAUUAACUUAACUUGUUUAAAUAUAAAAUUAACCCUAGUUAAUUUAAAGUUAAUUCUUUUGUAUUGUUCAAGUUAACAAUUAAUUUUUGUAUAAUAUUUUAAAUAUCUACUUUUUUCUUUUUAAGUAAUUUUUACAACUUUGUUAUUGAUUAUGAGUUGAUUUACAUUAAUAUAAAUAAUGUUCACUAUUCAUUUAUACCUACUGAAUCUAAACUUAAAGAAUUAGAUAUCUUUUCAAUUUUAAGUCCUGACUAGAAACUUUUUACUAAUGUAAUAUAUUUAUUUUAAAUUUUGGAAAUAAUACAAAAAUAUACCCGGUGUGUCAUUAAUAGAACUAGAAGCUGAAGUGUCUGUAGUUUUAUAUUGUUGAUCAACUUAAAUAAUUAAAAAUUCAUAAGUAAUAAAACAAAGUAUGGUAAACUUUUUAUAAACUUUGUAAUUGUUUUUGUAUAUACACCAAUACAAUUAUUUGCAUUUUUAAUAAAAAAUCUGUCAGAGUUCCUUUUUGGCCUUUUGUUGCACAUUUGUUUUUUUUUGGCAAGAUUCAAUACGAUUACAGUCGGUGUCAUUUUUUUUAACACGUUCACGUUUAAAACACCUACUCACAUAAUACCAAUUUCAUAUUUUUAAAAAAAAAAAAAGAAUCCAAUAAGUAAAUUUAAUGUUUUGUAAGAAUUGUAUAAAAUAGAAGAAAUGCAAUUUUAAAUACUUUUAAACUGUACAAAACCACCGGUGAAUACCGUGUAAAAACCUCCGGGUCGACGUUACACCUAAGUACACGACGAUAAGUCGCGAAUUUAUGAUUAUCCAGUGAUAAUAUAAAUUAAGUAUAAAAACAACGUUCGACGGUUCGGCCACGUCUUUGUUAUUUUGUUGGCUGGUGGGGGGGGGGGGGGCGGUGUAAGUCGCGGAACAGGCACAUUCGACUGUACGUAGCAUAUUGAUAUUGGGUUUUCCGUGGGUUUUAUAGAAAUAGGAAAACAUACGAAGCAUAUUAUUAUUAUUACAACAUUACUGAACGUCUAAAAUUAUUAUUAUACAUGUAUGAUAUUAAUUAUAGAGUUGGGUUUGUAAUCGUAUUAGGUGAUCUAUAUUUUAUUCGAAAAUAAUUCAGCAGAAAAUGUAUUUUCGAAAAUUACCCAUUUGAGCAGAAAAAUAUUUUAAUCAAAAAAUAAUUUAUACGAAAAUGUAACAUGUGACGAAAGUAAAAUGCUGGACAAAUAUUUUACCAGUAAAGUUUUUGUCUGAAAAUAUUGUUUACGGAAAGUAAUUUAUUUGAAACGUAUUUGGUUGGAAAAUUAGUUUUACCAAAUACAAAUAGAGCGCGCUGUUGGAAAGGUAAAACCCUUGGGUUGUAGCGUAGACAUAAUAUUAUUAUAGAAUUAUGUUUAUGGUAGAUACCGUGUUUAUAGAUAAUACCGAAUGCACAACACAACAGGGCCUAAAAUUGUGUGCAGUAGCACACACUAUGUGUGGUAGCCAAUAUUAAAUGUGCAAUAGCAAAUUUAAAAGUGUGCAGUACUUAUUUUAGGCUUUUAUACAUUUUUUUUUUUAUUGAUUAUUGAAAUUAACGAAAAUUUCUAAUUAGAAUGCAUUCAUUUAAAAUUUUUAACGCUAAAGAUAAUACCAACUACACCGUCUGGGCGAGCUGAAACGACAUUCGUCUUUUUUGUCUGUCCGUCUAAAUUCAACCCUUAUUCAGCAGUUUUAUGCUGGCGUAAAGAAAAAAAUUGGCAUGCUAAGUUACAACCGUAUGCUAUCAAGCAGGAAUGGUUUCAAAGGGUUUUCUCUGAAGCUGAAGCCUCAAAAAGUAUUUCUUUUGUUGAGAAUAAUAGUAUCAAAAUUUGUUUUUAACUAAAUUUAUAUAAUUGUUUUAAAUAUAACACUGUGUUAAAUGUUGUUCCCGCAAUAAAGUAGAUAUUUGUUAUUAUUUAAUAAUUCAAUAAGUAUAUUAACCCAAGCUAUUUAGUUUUGAUUUAAAAUUUCUAGUCAUAAAUCAAGGAUUUUUAUAGAAGAUUGUCUUAGAUUGUAUUUAUUAUUGGAUGUUUUAUUGUAUUAUUGUUAUAUAAUUUAUGUAUUUAUAUAUUUAUUAUAGCUAAUUAUUAAUAAAUACCAAAAACAAUUAUGCAACGAAGUCAUAUGUGUUAUGUGAACUACUAGGUUAUGUUCAUUACUUUAAAAUAUAUCGGUGUGUGGAAUUAGGUAUGCAGUAGCAAAAUACCCUAAUUUUAGGCCCUGCAACACAACACUUCAAAUUUCGAUAAUAUGAAUUAUGUACUUUAUAAUAUAGGUAGGUAUAUACUAUAUAGAGAGCACAAAACGGUGGUUCAGUGGUUAGAAUAUAAUAUGAGGUAAAGUGUUAUUACCAUUGUAAGUAUUUUCUACCGAAAUACAGUUCUAACAAUGUAGUAUUCUAUCGACAUGUUUAUUAUUUUCGUGUAUAAUAUUUUUCUGUACAAAUACUGUUCGAAUAAUAUAUUUUUAUUUUAAAAUACUGUUCGACGUAAAUAUGUUUCGGAUUAUUAAUUUUCGACAGUUAUAUUUUUCUAAUAAAAUAUCAUUCUAACAAAGUAUUUUCGUAAAUUUUACGCGUCUCCAAACAAAAGAAUUAAAAUAAAUACCACAAUACCGGAUAACUGUACACGUGUACAACACCCGAAUGUGGAUAAAGUAAUUUGGUAGCAUAUUAGAUUAUAUUAAUUAUAAUAUUUAUGUUGAGGUCUUAUGAUUAUACACCCACCUGGACCCGACGAAGCACCCAUUUCAGAUAUGAAGCAAUUGCUUCAAAUAAUACCGCUGAAACUGUUUGACAGUGGCCCACUCAUGGUACGAAGUACCUAUCUAGUCUAUUUUAAAAUAUUAAGUAAAUUUGCUAAAAACAUUUCAUUGUAAUCUUAACAAUAUUUUAUCUACAAUAUUUAGUUUAUAGAUUAAAAAAAAUUAUUUCGUUGUCUUUUUCUUUAAAAAUGUUGAUUUUUUUUUAAAAAAUCAACAAAAAUAGCGAGUUUUUUUAUACGUUUUAUGGGAAUUAAUUUUAUCCGUAGAAAUCCAUUUUAAAACAUCAACAAUAAAUCAAUAAUGUUACUAUAGCAGAGGAAGGAUUUAAAAAAAAAAAAACUCCUUCAAAUAUAAGGCAAACUCCCCAAGAAUUGAUAUGGAUAAAAGCCAUGAAUAAUCUAUAGGUAUUAUAAAAAUGCAUAUUGCAUAUCGCAUAAUGUAAAAAAAAAAAAACCCGGUAGAAACCGGGGUAAAUAUAUUACGGAAAAAGUAUUUUUGGAGCUCCCUACUUUAUGAAAGGAUGUAAAAAAUUAUUUUACCAAAUAUAAAUAAACAUUUUUUGUAUUACAUAAUAUUAUACCUAUAUUUUAAAUUUUGUGUUGGGCAUAUUUUAUUAUAUUUAUAUACUAUGUAAACUGUACAAAUUGCUAUCCAUUUAAAUAUAACGAGACAACGAAUUACCUACAAAAGCUUCUAUAGAAAUUAUUUUUCCCAACAAGAAAACUUACCUAUAAUAUUUUAAGACCAAAGUAGUAAAGGUACUGUCAUAGACAGUAGCGUAGCUGAAGCUCAAUGAAUGGGGCUAUUUAAAAAUUGUAAUAUACCACAAAAUAUCGCGGCAAAUGUGGUUGAGGUAUUGAUUUGUCUUAGGUAAUAACACUUCGAAUUAACCAAUAUUCUUAUAAAUUUAAAUAUUUUGAUGUGUAAAUUAUCAAAAUUUAAUUCGGCGUCUUUUUCAUUACCUAUAUAUAUAUCAAUAUGACCAUAAACUAUAGACAUAAUAAACUAGUUUAUAAGUCUAUAAAUAAGACAGCCGUAGAUAGUAUUCUGUGAUAGUGUGAUAUAGGUGAUUAGCAUAACUCUAUGGUAUUAGUACAACCAUGGUACGUGAUUUCAGACAAAAAUUGGCCGAUAUCAUUAUUAAUACUUUUUGGUAACUGAUACAAAUUUAAAAUACCAAAUAACCAAAUAAAUAAUAAAUAUCACUGAAAUAAAAUACUUUAUUAUUAAUUUAUUACCUAUAUAGGUUUAUAACCGUGAUUAAAAAAAAUCAUUAAUAGAAAAUUGCAAGUGGGAGCCGCCAACCCAUCGCCCCCUCAUCAGUUACGCCACUGGACUUAUAGAUUGAAUAGUAUUCGUAUACGUAUAUUGUUUAUACAAUUAUUUAUGUACGUAUUUAAUCUAUGGUAUUAAUAUAAUUUUGUUACUUCGUUCGAAAAAUAAGUCAAUUCAAUUUUAAUAACAUAAAUACAAUACAAUAUAUUUUGUUUUCGUAUAUUUGUUGUUAUUAAAUCCUGAUAUGCAAUUGUUGCAAUACAAACUGUCGCGACAGCAAUUAUAGUAUCACAAAAACAUCAGUGCCCAUGAUACGCUAAAAUUAAUGAUAGUAUCUAAACGAAUCUGGCUGGUAUUAGACAUCAUUUCGAUACAUAAUAAUAAUAUGUAUGUUUACGAGGUGAUAAAGAUAGGCGAUAGUGGUAAUAUGAGGUAAUGGUGAGUUUGACCAUCGCAAUUAUUGCCUUAUUAAAAGCAAACGUCCCGUAUUGCCCCCGCUAUCCGAGCGCCUAUUGUAUUGAACGAGAAAAAACCUUGUAACCCUGUGUCUCUCUAAUAAUAGGGGAAAACAAGGGGCAAAAUCAACUAGACAGAUUUCAACAUUUUUAUCGGGGUGUUGUUCGGGAUUUCAACAGCUGUAUUGAGUCUUCUAAUCUUCAAUAUUUAAUUAUAAUACAAUCGGGGUCUUUUCUCAUUUAUUUAUUUAACAAGCCAUUAACUAUUUUUAAUAUUUUAUUGGUUUUACCUUGACACCGGGGUAAUAUCUAUGCAUGGUAUAACAGGUACUAAAAUAGUUAUAGAAAAAUAAUGUAACAUUCACAUUUUUUUCUAAAGGAAUUUACAAAACCAAGUACUAAUUACUGUUGUAUUUUAAUUAUAGUAAUAUAGGUUAGUGAAUAAAGACAAUAUUUACGAGUUGUAAAUUCAUACUAGACGUGUAUAUGAGGGUUGUAGUAUCAUUUAUUGUGUAAUUAUUAAAUUCAGCUUAAUUAAUGUAAUUAGCUUCAAAAACUUCGUCGUCAAAUUGCAAUUCUAUUGGUUUUACUAUAAUCUUUAUUUUCGGAAAUACGACUUAUAAUACUCGCCUGCGUAGUAAAUGGAAAGUGCAACAAAAGUUCUCGAUACAGGAUUAUUUUUGAAAUGGUAUAAUGCUAUCGAAAAUAAUAUAAAAAUCAAACAAAUAGUAACAAUAGGAAAUCGCAAAGCAAAUAAUUCUAAAUCCAUAAAAUAUGUUAGCCAUAAAUAGUUCGUAAAUAAUGCCACAUGAACUCGCAUUAGAUACUGGAAUAAAAAGUAUCCUAUAUAUUGUGUUAAUCCAGAAUUAUUGCGUGCCAAAUUGUAUUCAAAUUCGUUCAGCCUUUGUGACGUAAUUGAAUCACAAACACCCAAAUACUGUCACAAACUUUCGCAUUUAUCAUAUUAGUAAGGUUUCAAAGCGCAUUAUAUAUAUAUAUAAAAAAAAAAACAUUACCGCAGACAACUGUUUACGUUCAUUAAGACUAAUAAAUAGUAUAAAUAUAAUACGUAUGGGUACACCUAUUUUUUAAUUAUAUUCUGUAAUUACAAUUGAAUAUACUAAAAUGAUUGAUAAUGUGGCACUUACUGCAAAUGGACAACUGUAGAGUUGUUCGAUUAUUUUAAUUAAUCCAAAUUCUACUAUAGCUGAAUUGAUUUAUCGGAAAUUCAUUUUUUAUAUUAUACGAGUAUUAAGAUACAAAAACAUGGCAAUUUUAAAUUUUAAUUCUUAUUAUCAGUAAAUUGCCUAUUAUGUAAUCUGAAAUAAUAAUAAUAAUAGAUACGGGAUACUGUAUAUGAUAUUAUAUGUCUAUGGUCAUUAUAGUGCCAUGGGUGAUGGGCACGAUUAUAGAUACUAUUAUAGCCUAACUGCCCAAAGACCUAAGAAAAAGCGUUCACUGAAUCUGAGCUCGUGUGACGGUCUGAAAACAUACCGAGUUAUGCAAUUUUGCGCAUUAGAUCUAUAGCCAUGGCCGUAACCUUGAAUGUCAUAUAUUUUUAAAUGAUAAAGCAGAUGAUAAGUAUUAUCUUAAUGUCUUAAAUUCUCUUACAUCGUCACACGAGUGCUAUCCAGCUGGUCCUCGGUCGCCACUGCUUGACGAUAGUAGCAUCCGUAGCAUAUAGCGUUCAUAGUAUCCAUAAUCAUGGUGAUAGGUACAACGCACAUUAUAACGGCAUAUCACGUCCACGUAUCAAAGUUUAUAAUCUGUCUGUAUUUGGUUUUCCUUUGUUCAUUACUGUUGUAACUUGUAGUGGCAUAUAUUCUUCCAAUUAAUCGUUUUUUCGAUUAGUUGUUAAUAAGGAUAAUCGACCAUGCACAAUAAAAAUAAUCGAACAGCCCUAGGUAUACUUACUAAACGCAUCGUACAAUUAUUGUCGAACCAUUUUAUAUUAUAAUGUCGAUCGAUACGUGUAAGCUGAUGAUGACAACUUUUCUUAACGAUGGUGUUUACUGUGUUCGUCUUUUCUUCCAGUCAACAAUGGUAAUAAUAAUAAAUAUCCCGAAGGUAAUGCACAAACGGUUUUUAUGUACCUAGCUAUGUAUAUUCUUGUUGUUCGGCGGGUCUUUAAUAAGAAAGAUCUCCUCUUUCUCCAUCCUUGUGUACAUAAAGUUACUCGCAGUAUUAGUUUUUCGUUCGGUUUUUGCGUGUACGAUAGCAAACAAAAUGAUUUGUUCUACGGAAUUUUCGUGUAAACAAAGGGUUUAAAUAUAUAACUAUAUACUUACCUAAUUUUAAAACGAGACUGAGUGUUGAUACGAAUGACAGAUUACGAUAUAAUUAUAAUGGGGUCAUACUCAAAUUUGAUGUCUCCGUGAAAUUAAAAAAUAAAGUUGAUAAUGAGAGGAUGGGUGUUUCACUAUUUUAAGUGGGAAGUUGAGAAGGUGGAAUAGAUAAAAUGAUUUAAUUUAUGCCUGAAAAUGCUGGUGGGCCAUUGAUAACGAAAAAACGAUUCGGAGCAAAUAUCAUGUUUGAAAGGUCGUAAUAUUCACGAUUUUCGUCAAAAUUUGAUAUUCAAAUUUCUAUAUACAAAAAAAAAAUACUACAUUACAUUCGACUUUUUAUUUUUGACCACUAAUUACGACUUAUAAUGAACCGCCUGUUAAGUUUUCAAGCAUUUCUGUUUAGUCAAAUAAUUUUAUCUACAGAGUACUUACCAAAUAAAAAUUACAUAUAAAUUUAUUUAGCUCGUAAAAUUAAAAUGUCUAUGAAUAGUUUAGAAAUGAAAAAAAUGAAAAAUUUCUGAUAGAAAACAUAAGCUGUAAAAAAAAAGACUGGCAUACUUCGCACGUGGGUGUAGUCACUGUUGUAGGUGGGAAGUUGGGAAGGUAGGAAAUAGAUGGGAAUUUAAUGUAUGUCUGUAAGCAAUGAUAAACCAUUGCUAACGAAAAAAUUAUUCUGAGCGGAGUUCUGUUGAUAAUGUUGCUUUGUCAACAAUUUAUAUAUCAUUUUAUGGUAAAAUGAUUAAAAUAAAAAAAAACUUAAUAAUAAAAAAAAAAAAAAAGGUUGCAAAGGACAACCAUUUUUUUAAUUUUUAAUCUAUUUUAACUUUUAACUAAGACCGAGGUUUUUUUCAUUAUCUCAACAAUAUGAUUAUUAUAAGGGAACUAAGUUUCCACAAUUGUAUAGUAUGUAUUUCAGUAGAGAAAUAUAGGUAUUUUAUAAUAUCAAUAAUUAUGCAUUCCUAUACAAUUCGGCAUGGAUAAAUUAAUUUUACCAUAUUAUCAUAUCAUAUCAUGGGAAAUAAUACGAUCUUUUGGUUUGAAUUGACGCGUAUCGUUUUUCGGCGACAGCUGUGGGAUACUGCACAUGGAGUUUACCCCCACUGCAGAGAUCUCGUCAGGGUCGAUGAUUGCGUAACAAUAAGGUUUAGAUUAUGUGUCUAUCUAUAUUACUAUCUUAAUCUGUAUUGUAUAUUUAUUAAUUAUCUGUUUAUUACUUUUAUUUGUGUAGGUUCCAUAGUGAGUAUUCCAUUUAAAAAAAACAAUGUUACGUGUAGGUAUAUUUCGAAUUUUUAUAAAGAUUAUAUAUAAGUUAGAAGGCCUCUAGUUUUUUAACUGCCCCGGGACCCUUUCCCAUUUAGCUAUGCCAUUGAUGCGACCCGAAAUUAUACAUUAUAAGCCCGAAAUUCGUAAUAUUAUUGCAAUCCCUACUGCGAUUUAGAAUUAAUCAUUUCCAAUCGGGUAUCGCCAUCGAUUUUAGAUUUUCUCAGCGAGGAAUGUAUUGGUUUUACUGCGGUGUGUCUAUGAACAAAUUUUCUACCAGAAAUAUUACUCCAAUUUCCGAAUGUGGCAACUAUUUGGAAAAAAAAAAUAUGUCUAGUCCUUUAACUGGGCUGACAGGCUAAAAGGGCAAAUUGUAGGUUUCGGGAGGCGAUUCGUGUGUGCACCGAUAUAUUGGUAUUAGUACACAUUUACCUUUACUUUUCACCUUUACAAAUAGAUAUAAUAAUAUAAUCAAUCAAUGUAAAAUAUACUAUCUAUAAUACGUCUAAAAUUGAACACUAAAUAAUUUCGAAUUAGUUUUGUUGAUUCACGUAUCUAGUUCAAUCAAAUUAUUACUUUGUAAUUAUUGUGUAUUUUUUUUCAUAGUCGAAACUUAAAGUAAUAAUUUUCAUAACAACAACUUCGCGAUAAAACUAAAUACAAACAGUUGCUAAUUGUUAGAAAAAAUAUUAUUUUAAUUUUUUUAACACGCGAUCGUAAUUUUAUAUUUUAAUGUGACCAUAAUAUUAUAUUUCCUUGGUUUUAAGAUACGUUGUAAUAAUAUGAAUCAAUUAAACGUUUUAUAUUAUAAUAUGUAUAAUGUAUGUACGUUUUUUUGUCAUAAUAAAUUGUUUCGAACAAUUUUCAUUAAUAAACAAUGUUAUGUUUGUAGCGUCGAUUUUUGCAUAUUCAUAAUAUUUUAUUCGAUAAAACGGAAGUAAAUAAACUGCUGAAUAAUAAUGAUUUUUUUAAAAUGCUCGGUGAUGAUGGGGUUUACAAUUUAUAAGUUAUAUAAAACAUUUUAUCGGCAGCUACCCUCAAAAAGUAUAUAUAUAUAUAUUUUUUUUUUCAUUGCACAAUGUAAAUUUUUUAUACCAUACAAUUUAUGUAUAUAGCCCCUAGUGCAGUGUAAUAAGCGAAGAAUACAUUAAUCGUCAUAUUUUAUUUUUUAGAUUGUGUUCGUGUUACGAAUAAUUUUAUUUCAGUGUGUCUGAUAUCGUACUAUUACUUAUUAUAGAGUUUAUAAUAUUAUAGAUCGUAUAGUAGUUACAAUUAAAGGAGUUUUCGGGUCAGUUCUACUAGAAGAGGGGUCUUAACAUUACAUUUUUUGAUAAGACUAUUUUGUUCUUCUAAAGUAGGACUUAAGAAUUAUAUACUGAUUAUACAGGUAGAUAAUGGAUAUUUUGUGAAACAAAUAUGGAAUAUAUUAUAUAGUGUACGGAGGUGGGCUAUAACCCAGCCCAUUCAUAGCCCCAGUCAUGGGCACCUAUAGAACACAUUUGCAAGACAGAUUUUAUUAGUAGGUAUAAUAAUAAUUUAUGAAAAUUAGUAUCAGUUUAUAAUAUUAUAAAUAACUUAUAUGAAUUAUAUUGUACAUUUUGGUUCUAAAUUCUAAAAAAAUAUGUACAUUUUUAUGAAUGCGCGUGUUUUAAAGGUUUUUUUCACAUAUCAUGUGCAUUUCUCUUUGCGGUUUGAAUAGUAAAAAGAAAAAAAAAAUGUUCAUGGUUGGAUAAAAACAAGUAUUGCGUUUGUGAGUAUGGCAUAUUGUCUAUAAUAUAAACAUCACAUAAAUAUUCAAUGUUUGUAUAAAGGAUUUAUUUUGUAAUGCCUAAAAACUCCGUAUUAUUAUUAUCAGAAACUACGAGUAUUUAUAAUAGUAGUAAUAGUAGUAAUAUGUUACAAAAUAUAAAAUUAAAUCAAAAUUAUUAAUUAAAAUUUUAUAUUGUAUCUGACAUCAGGAAUAACGUGUACCAUAAUACCUUUAAUAUUUAAAAAGACGGACACACAUCACACCAUGGGUAAGUCAAUGUUUUAUGUGUGAAAGUUGGGAAGGUAUAGGAUGUGUAAGUACCUAAUUUAGUUUAUAAUAUGCUAAUAGCAAUAAUAAAUCAAUCAGUAUACCUAGAUAUUUUUGAUUGAAGAUAAGCAAACUGGGAAGGUUAUAUUUUCAAUCUUUGUAAAUAUCCAGGAUAUUAACUUAAUUUUUCACUUCCUAUUUUUUUUUUUUAAUAAAUUUAAAAUUCAGUAGUGAAGGAUUGUACUCCCCUCUACACUCCUUACUUGUAUCAAAAUACGAUAAAGAAAUUAAAUUUAUCUACAUAUUCUGUAAAUUGAGUUACAUUCCGUAUUGUCACGUUAUCAGAUAAAAUUCAUGCGGUUAACUUUUUUGAAGGUCUUUCGUUUUUUCCCCUCGCUUUUAAAAACAUUUUAAAAAAUUUUAAAUUUUUAAAACACUCUUUAUUAAACAUUUAAAAAUAUUUGCGUGAUUCAACUCUUAAGAAACGUUAUUAUAAUAUUCUAUUAGCCAUGUCCGUUUCUAUUGUAUAUAGCUAACGUAAGAAAUCUGCAACAAAUAUAAAACCGAUGUAUUGUCGUUUAUUGUUAGGUUUUUGAGCGAUUUUUUUUUUUUAAAAACGUAUUGGGAUUUUUGAAUAAAUAUUCAAAUAAAGUAACGCCGGGUAGAAAUUGCGUAAUUUUUAAGAUAAGUGUUGCAUGAAAAUAUCGGAGCAUUUUCGCUAACCAAAAAAGUGUUAUCGAAGAAAAAACACAUCUCGGUAAAACUAAUAACUUUUUUUUUACUACGCCCAAAAUCUAAAAUAACUGAUUCGGUAAACACAAGAGAUUAAACUGCAGUAUCUCGGCUAUUUACUGAAGUGUGUUCCGUCCCGAAAGUUUAUUAUUUUAACGAGGAGGAAUUAAUCUUGCUAACGCCAAUCGCCAUCGUACUAUAGUAUCACCAAUAUUACUAAAUUAGUGGAUUUUUGUGAAAUAUCCUGCAAAGUCUGCGGAGCUAUAAUAAUACAUUAAAAUAUCGUUUAGUAGUUCCAAUGUUUUUAUUAGCGUUUAAUAAUGAAGGAUUUAAUUAAGCCGGCUUAUAAUAUAGGCGUCUAUAUAAAAAAAUAGAAAAAUAUCAAAUAUCAAAAGAUGACUCCGAAAUAAUUAUUUAAUAAUACCUAUAUUAUUUUUUUUUGUUUUGAUCAAUAAUUGUAUUUAAAAUUAUAACUAUUCAAAAAAAUCGUAAAACGUUUAUUUAUAUAUUAUAUAGAUGUACAGUAAUAUUAUUAUUAUUGUGAUAUUCAAAUUGUAUUAUUUUUUUAACCUAUGGGGAAUAAGGUGAAAAAGCGUUUUACAAGUCCAUUGUCGUAAAAAUGAUAGCUGUAGUAAAAAAAAAAAAAAAAAAAUAAUAAUAAUAAUAAAUAAAUAACGAUUUUGUAUAUUGUUAUUAUUUAUUAUUUUUUUUAUUUGAAAUAACUUUAUCGACUAAAGUCCAAAAAUCCUAUUUAAUUUCUUAAAAAAAAAGAAGGUUUAUAGUAGCUAUAUUUUAUAUUGACAAAAAGUAAUAAUAUAAACUAUUAGAAUAUUAAAUAUAAGAAUAUUUGAACAUAACUUGUUAAUCAAGAAAAUGACAGAAGAAUGUUAUGUAUACUAUUAUAUUAUUAUCUUUGAAAACAUACAAAUUGUGAUUCCUGGUAAUUUUUCCCUCAAUUAUCACUCCGUCUUAUUGAAAUCAUUUGAUUCCAUAAAAAUAAAUACAUUUUAUUUCAUAACUAUAAUUGUCGUGAAAAAACCAGGGUAGUAUAGAAAUUAAAUUCAAUUAAACAUCUUCUUUUAAAAAAAAAACAAAACAAAACUUAUAAUUACAAUAGCUUUGUUUUAAAUACACUUGUGACAAUACAUGAAGUGAGUUGUAUUAAAUAUUAAAAACGAUUUCUUCAUUAGCUAUUAUAUGUGUACGAAUAUAUUGAACCUAUUCAUACACAAUACUCAGAUAAAUAUUUUUGUAUUCUAUUCUAUUCUAUUCCAAAUAAAAACGCAUUAAACAGCUACCUACUGUCUUUCGUUUCGGUAGGUAAUAUACCUACCGUUGGCUUAAUCAUCAAUACUGUCCUAAUAAAAAAAUGGCAACUGUUCAGAAAAAUAAAAUAAUAUUUUGUUCGCGAAAACCCUCAUUCCGAAACGAUAAUAUUUUAUAUGGCGAUCCGAGGGAGAUAAGAUUUUUACAUCAACGUAAAAACUUCACUGUAUUUAUAAUAACAGCAUUUUCAUGGGAUAAUACAUUUUUUUUUUUUAAACGAUGCGUUAUCAUUUAUUUCUAUUGGUUAUAAUUUUAUUUUUGGAGUUACAUAAUAUAAUUGCGAAUUAGGACGACGAUAUGCUAAUCACACUAUUAUCACUAAACAUUAUUUCUAUAGUAUGUUUUUCAUAUGUUCUAAAGUUAUGCCCAUGCACGAAAAAUUAAACAGGUGGAUUUUGGUAAACGUAUCGGGAUAUCGUGAGGAUUAAAAUAGUUUUUUUUUUUUUUGUAAACUAUUCAGAAUUAUGAUGUUGAUUAAGUUAUAGUCCGGGCAAAAAAAAUAAGUCGAUCCUGAAUAUUAUACAACGAUAAACUUUCUAUUUUAUUUUGCGACAUCAUUAUAAUAUUAUGUAUAGUCAAAGGUAUCUUACAUAUCUCCUACCUACAAAAAGACUAAUAAAUAAUAUAUUAUUAUAAUUUCGAAGUAUAAAUAAUAAAUAAUACAUAUAGGCAGGUAGUAAAACAUAUAUAUCAGGGUCUACCUUUGCAAAUUGGGAUAUUAUAUUUCUUCCUGACCAAAUUCUCUUUUUUUCUUCUUCAGGUAUACCUAAUUCCUUCAUAAGUUCAUAAUUCGUAUUAUUUAUUUUCAUCAUUUUAGAUUCUGAGUGAAGUGAGAGGAAUGUAUAUUGUUUUUUUCCCUUUAUAACACGAGGUAUGACAUUAUUUCACGGCGACACGCAACACUAAUAAUAAAUCAUCAAUGGUGUACUACUUUUUGCAAUUCUAUAAAACUACAUGUGUUUACGUAUAAUUAUAAACCUAGCUACUAUUUAUAAAGCAGUCUUGUAAACGUAUUUGUAAAACAACAGAUUUCAUGCGUCUGCAGUGAUAGGUUGACAGCUAAUUACAAAAUUCUGACGUGUUUUUAAACCUCUGGAAGCCUGCUGCAGUUCCUCGUGGAAAUUAAUUUCCACGAUGCGAAAAUCGAUAAACUGACGUGUCGGGAAUUUUGUAAUAUCCGGGGAUCGGAUACUGAAUUCUUCAAAAACGGUAUAAUUGCGUAAUAGGAGUUAAAAUAUUAUAAUAUUUAGUAUUUUAAACAUAAACAGAAUUUAAAUUUUAUAAAUAAUCGUGAGACAGUAAAUAUUAAUAUAAAAUAUUUAAGUCGAGUAUACUUUACGAGUAUAGAAUAAGUAUUUCACGAGGAUGUAUUAUUACUAUGUAAAGAACGAUAUUCAAAUGAGUUAUUAUUUUCUUUUAAUACAUACAAAAUAUAAUUGAUAAAUUUGAUUGUGUAUGCAAUUUUUAGACACUGAUCUAUUUCAUAUAAAAUUUUAAGAAAAAAGAAAUUAAAUAUCAAUAGUAUUAUAACAAUAAUCAUGGGUAGGCAAGUUAAUGUAAGUCAUUAUAAUAAUUAAGUAAAGUUAAAUAAACAGAUAAACAAAAAAAUUAAUCGGACUGGUCAAAUUAAAUGAUGUUAACUUAAAUUAGUAAUAAAAUAUUUAAUUUGUAACAUUACAAGUAAUAUAAUAAGAUAAUAAGUAAAAUAAUUGUUUUAAUUUAUAUAAAAAUAAACAAAAAUUAAACCACCAAAGCGAAUAUUAUUAAAUAAAUUGCAGUCAAUCUUAAGAACACCAAAUCAAAAUUUAAUUUUGAAUUUCGAAAAAAAUUAUUCUUCUUUGACUUUUUAACUUAACUGGGUGUUUGGAUGUUUAUACAAAUUAACAAUAAAUAGUUAAGUGUAUAUAAUCAAAAUGUAAACUAGUUAAUUAGUUAACGAUAAAAAUAAUGAACUACCUAAUUAAAUUAAAAAGACAAAUACAAAUUAAUUUUUAACUCAACUUAUUCAAAUUUUUAACUUGUGUACUCCAAACAUUUUUAUUUUUAUUAAAUUUACUUUCGCAUUUUAGUAUACUAUUAGCACAGUAAAACAAUACAGUUAAAUAAUCAUAUAAUCGUAUAACCUACCCAUAUAACUCGUAUAAUUAUAAUAAUAUUAUUUAUCUGUUUUUAUUUUAUUUUUUCAUUACACGUAACAAUUCUUUAAUACAACACAAGUAACGUGGCAUAAAUUUAACGUACACACAAUGUAUAGUUUUUUGUAGUAUUUCUUAUACGACUUUGAUUCACUAGAUUUGAUGCACUCUCUGAUCAAGUAAAUACCGAGCAGUUAACUAAACUUGGUAGCUGUACACAAUUUGCAUUCGACGGUUUUUCUCGUGAUAAAGUUAAUUACUUUAUACUUUAUAGCACUUGGCCUUACUCAUGAACAUGUUGCCGGAAUGGUAUUCUUUUAUAAGCUCUUUUGUCGAAUUUCACUUUUUAUCGGCCUCCUUUUCGUGAUAGGUACCUACUCUUCGGUCCUUUAACACUGCACAAUAAGGUCUGUCCGUAUGGACCCUAUAUCUAGUGAUUUAUACAAAAGAACAUUCAUAAUUUCAACUUCGACAAUUUAAACGAAAAAUCUCUUUGAAAUAAUAUAUUCAUAUAUGUACCUAAUAUAUCUACCAUACGAAAAUUCGUGUGGUACAGGUAAAAAACUAUGUAUGAUUCUAUCAGUUUUCAUAAAGUUUUACGUAUGUGUAUCAGAAAUAAGUUAUUUAAGAAAUAGGUAAGUUAAAAUUGGUUAGUAGUAACGUUGAUUGGGUCUGUAGUUUUCUCCUAUAAACCCGAUAAAGAAAAUAUAAUCAUAAGAACAUAACCUCAAAUAUUUCAAUAAUGAGACUAUACAGACGACAACUUACGGGUGGCCACUCACGGUAUUUUUUUUAUCAUAUCCCGAAUAAGUAAUAUUUAUGGACCGUGUAUUUAACUCUUUCGCCUAUUGCUUGAUAACUAAAUAUUGAGUGAGAGAAAAAGAAAUAUCGGCUGGUCAUAUCAUGGAAGGAAAUGUAUUGUUAUUUCUUUAUUCCAUAUGUAUAAUAACAAAAAUGUUAUGAAAUAUUGAGAUAUAACUAAUUGAUUGAUUGAUAACAAUUUUAAAUUUCAAUUGAUAAAUGUACAUAUCGUAUCGUGAAGUAAAAUAAUGUUUUUUUUUUUUAAAUUAUUUUUCUAUUAUUAGUUCUCCCGUAUAGGUUCCAUCACUUUUGUUCGACAUCGGGCCUUUAGUUUCUCUCUCUGUGUGCGGUCCAUAGUUAUUAGGUUUACUUUAAUUACUGUUGGUUUUUUACAGUACUGGGUACACGCAGCAGUUCGGGGGAUGGCGUGAAAGGGGUUAUACAAUAUUUAUCUUAUUGGGUGUACGGCAAACAUUUGAAAACGACCAAAUUGACUGGUCGUAUUAUCGACCAAAAUUUCAGGUGUCUGUACGACUUUACAAUAAUAUAUUGUUACGACGAUGUGGUACAUCUUGAAUUGCAGACUACUCAGUAAACUACGGAAUGUAGAACAAAUAGGUAUAUCGCUGGUAUAUGUUUUAGAUUGGAAAGUUCUAUAUAAUAUAUAUUAAUCGUGAAAGUGUUUGCUGCAGUGUGUAUAUAUAACAUAAAUCGUCGAGUCUUUUGGUCGGCAACGGGGUAAAUAAUAUUAUUGUUUAGUCUCUCGGCAAUUAUCUACCGCGACGGCGACGCAUUGCGCCGUGUUUCCCGCAGCCGACUCGAACACGGUCGUUCACGUUUAGGCGGACACCGGAACUCCGCGGGGCGUGGUUGACGUCGGAUAUAGUCUCGGUUCGCGUGCUCGAAAAUCGGUAUAAUAUACAAUUUGCUCGAUUUCAGGUGCUGUCGUAUUUAUAAUAUUACGUGUGGCCCAUUACAAUAAUAUUAUAGACCUCGGGCGAGAAAUCAUUAUGCCGAUAAUAAUUAUAUUAUAUUUAAUAUUACAAGUAUAUGCAUAGAGGGGACGAGUAUUUAUCGAUUUUGCAUUCUAAACGUGUAGCGAGAAAUGCGUAAACAUAUUAGAUUUUAUAAUUGAUUUAGUUUUUCAAAUCUAUUUGACGACUUUUCUAUUCGAAAUCUUGCUCCAAUCAUUAAUAUCAGGGAUACAGUUUUUGCUAGAUAAUUUUGUUUAGUUGUUAUUUUUUGGGGAGAUCAUUGAUUUAGAUUUUCCUUGUACUUUUUUCAACAACAAGUAAUUCAGUAAUUCAGUUAAAAAUAAUCGUAAGACUUGCAAUUUUCACCGAAUACAUAUAUUAACAGUUAUUAAAACAUUUAAUUUUUGAGCUAUUUAAAUCGUGUAAAGAAAAUUAAACCUUAUGUACGCAUUUUUUUUAUCAGCGUUUUAAGUUCAAAAUUUUCAUGAAAAAGUUGUAAAAAUCUCGUCAUUAUGCAUGCCUAUUAUUUUCUGUUUUUUUUUCUUAAUAUAACAUUUUGACACCAUAAAAAAUUGAGAUGAAAAAACACGGAGAAUUGUAAUUUAUUUAGUAGUACAACUAAAAAUGAAUUUAACUUUUAAUUUAAGUUUAGUAAAAUAUGGUUAAUUAAAUUUCACUCAGAAUCGUUUUCGUUGCAAUGAUUUGUUGUUGCGUAUGAAUAUAAACUAAAUCGUCUAUAUAUCCUACUUUUGCAACUUUCCACUUAUGUUGUUUAUAUUGCUCAGUAGGAUUAUUAGUUUCUUCAAUCUCUAGUGAAAUAUAGAAAGUGAAUAUUUUUUUCACAAUUUCAGUUUCUAAGUGUAACGAAAAAGCUAUUAGUUUUAUUUAUAUGUAUUUUUUUUUAGUAAACCUCUUUUUUGGUACGUAAAAUGCUUUAUUUUUUCCGCAUCAGUGUACUUUAAAAUAUGUGGAAUUUUUGUUUGGUGAUGGUACUUCAAUUUUUUUUUAAAGUUAUUUAUACAUUUCACUUUAGUUUUUUCUCAGAAAAUACUUAUUUGAUUAGUAAAAAUGAUACAAAUUUUUCACUUCGUAUUAAAAUUUGUGGAUUUUGUUUUCCUAGUGGUUACUUUAUUUGAAUAAAUUGUCUAAGUUCUCAAUAGAAUUUUGGAAAAAAGAAAACGGUGAUAAACUGGUUUUAUUUUUAUUAAAUUUCAGGUUAGCUAUAAGAGAAAAACACGACUAAUAAACUUCUUUGCUUAGAACCGUUUUUUGAUCACAAUGAUUUAUUAUUACUUUUAUUAUAUUGACUUAUAACCUAUACAUGGCAAACAUAUUGUACAUUUUAUAUGGUUUUUUUUUUUUUUUGAAAUGCAAAUUAACAUUAAAAAUUUAAAUAACUACAUAAAAUAGGUACGAGUACUUUUUAUUUUUCAAAUAAAACAAAUUCUUUUUACCGUCUUACAGUAGUUUACUUGAUACAUUGCAUGCGAAAGAAGGAAAUAUUAUUCAUAUUUUCAGAAUUCUCGACGCGUUCCCCAAAGUCCGUUUAUUAUAUUAUUAUACGAGUUGUGUCUUGUGCGUAUGCGUUAAGUGAAAUUUUCAAUCAAAAUACGCGAUCGCGUACGCCAUAAAUAAUUUUGUUUAUACACAAUUUUAGCGUAGAAAUAUGAAAAAAUCGCCAGUUUUCAUAUUUUCAGCAUGCCGUUUAUUAUACCGGCGUUUUAGUACACCAUAUAUAUAAUAUUUUAUUUAAAUAUCAAUAAUAUAAUAUUAUUAUAAACAUUAAUGCCCAAUUUUUUUUUUUUGUAAUACUUGUGUGGUUAUUCAUGGCAUCGUUGUAUAUAUCCUUGGUUCCAGGGAAGAAGGACAAAGUCAAUUUGGUACAGUUUUCAAUAUAAGCAAAUUAAAUGUUGAGAAUUCCUAAAUAGCUAAAUAUUACUAUAUACAUAAUAAUUAUGAAUUAUCUAUUCUUUGCUAAAUAAAAAGGUAUACAUCAUAGUUACUGGCGAUAUUUUAGUUUUCACUUUUCAGUAUAACAUGUAUUAGAAUAUUAUUAUUAAAUACACUUAUGCUAUUUAGAUCAAAGAAUUAAAUGAAAAAAUUACCCAAGACAAAAAUUGUAGACAAAAAUCGACUUAAGUCUUAUUACUCCGGAACCAAAGACUAGGCAUUAAACAUUAAACAUUGAAUGAGUUAAAUUAUAUUAUGAUUUAUUUGUUUUUUUUUUUAUGUUUUAGUGGAGACACAGAUGGGGCGUUAUGACCAAACUAUCACCAGCAGCAGGUGAGUACGUCUCGACGUUAAAAAGUUUAAUAUUAUUUUACGAUUUUUGUAAUAAAAAGUACUACAAGGUAUAUGCACAUAUUCAUGUAUGUUGCAUAAAUAUUAUAUUCUAAUUAAUAUCAAUUAAUCAAUCUGCGUGGACCCAUUAAACGCAUGUUAGUUAAUUAGGAUACCUUGAUACAAAUAUUAUAAUGGACACGCGUUGUUGGUUUCGUAUUUUUUCUAUGGGUACUCGAAAAUAAUAUUUUGUUGAUAUUUACAAAAAUUCUGUGAUAUUAUUCAACCUUUUACCGCCGUUUUGCCCGGAAAAGGUCAAAUAUUUGUUUUUUAGAGGGUCAACUGCAGUGUGCUGUUCCGCUGGCAUUUAAUAGGGUUGUUGUAUCUACCUAUACGUGCAGGUAUAAUAUAAACACAGCGUCAUUAAUACAAUUUGUUUAACGAUGUACAUUAUUAUUAUGAGUAUCGGAAUAUAGAUACACUCAAUUAUCGUUAUAUUUUUAUAAUAAUGGCUUUGAACUCCUUUUUUAUGUCAUAAGUAAUCAUAAUUAUUAUUGGUGGAAAAUAUUCCAACAUGAUGGAAAUAUUAUAAAAAUACUCUGUAUAGGUAUAGCAAAUUUAUACAGUUGCAGUAGAUAAACAAUUUAUUACGUUUUACUUUUUACCACACAUUUAUGUACACAGUUUUGCAUAUGGAUUUAUUAUAUUCAUAUGUACCUAUAGUCUAUACGCAGUGUUAUAGUUAUUCUAAUAAAUCUAUUCGAAUAAAAAUAUUUUAAUAUUAGUAUCAAAUAAUAUAAUAUAAUUUGGUAUUACCCACCACUAAUUAGUUAAUGUAGUAAAAUAUUAAGUUAUAAUUUAAAAAGUGAUCAAACUGUUGCUCUCCAACUGAUAUAAAUUAACAGGAAAAAAAAUAUUCUGAAUAAUUUACUUUAAACUUAUUUUCGAUUACGUACUCGAAAUUUUUUUUUUACUAAUUUAUUCGAAUAUGAAUUCCGAAUACAAUUUUGAACAAAAUAAAAGUUUUCUUUUCAAAAUUGCCUAUAUACGUUGGUAUCUAUAUAUUUAUAUGAACCUAAGUGUGAUUAAAAAGUUUCUGGACUUUUUGAGUUGUGUAACAACAGAGCGUCAAAGAGCAGCAAGAUUGGGUAUUGCUGGUUUCUGUGACUUUUCUGAUUAUAUUUUUUUUUCGUAGUUCUCUUUAACCUUCUUCCUCAAAAAAAGUGUUUGUUUUUCGCAUAAUAGAUGUUUUUCAUGUUGUUGAUUUCAUAUUUCGUAACAAAUCCAAAAUUAGAGCAAUUUAACGUAGGUACCUUUUUUUUUGGAGGGGGAGGGAGGAGAGGGUUGGAAAUAAUUUUUUUCUUUUUUCUUUUUUUUUGGUUAUUUAGAUUAUUUUGGUGUAUUUAAUCGUUCUAAAAAGCUUCAGAUAAUAAUAAUUAAUAACUAAAUUGUUUGCUGGAUACGGUAUCUAUACUGAAUCUAUGAUAUCUAAAGCACUAUUAUUAUUAUUUUCUGUAAUUAAUCUUAAGAUUGUUUUGCAGACAAAAUACAAGUAAUAGAUCAAAAUCUUCUCGUUCGUAUAUUAUACAUUUUUGGUUCAUACACUAUUUGACGCAUAUAUUCCCUAUAAUUAGUAGCGUGUCCAAAAAUUCGCUAUGGAAGGGGAUAUAAGAAAUAAUGAUCAUGAAUAAAUUGUCCAUACCCAAUUUGUCUAUGGAAAUUUAAAAGCCAAAUCCAAAAAAAGUCAUGUUUUAAUCAAUAAAUAAAACUAUUCUUUAUUACUUGGCUGAAAAAUAUAUAUUUUAAGAUUAAAUGAUAAAUAAAUAUUUAUAGUUGUAUUUUUAAGCUAGCAGGGAGGGAUAUUACCCCUUACCUCACAUCUUACACUCGCCACGGCUUAUAAUAAAAUUCUUUGUCAGUUUUACCUUUAACACAUUUUUCUAAAAUUAAUUAAAGUAACAAUUCAUUUCUUAUUUACUUGAUAUUUCUUCAGAGCUCUUCUCUCUGAUAUUUUUUUUUAGUACUUCUUCAUUACUCACCAUAUGAGUUCUAUAAUAUAUAGUAAUAAUAAUAAUAAUCUAUGAUGACUUAUAAUAAAUUAUAGAUUAUCUGACGCAAAAUUAUAAACAAUUAAAACGUAUAUUUUGCAAACUAAUAUAAACAUUCUUUAUUAAUACAAGCCAUUUAUGCAUGAUACGCUUUUGUAUUAAAAUAGAUUAGUAUUUAUUUUAUUGUUAGUAAUGUUUUUUUUUUAUUUUACGAGUUAAUUAAAACUGAAUACUAUACCAAAUUCUGUAAAUGGUUGCUGCUGAAUUUUCGUUAUUUUCGGCUUCACGACAGCUGAAUUCUCUGCAACUUGCCAAUUUAUUCUGACCAUAAAAAGAUCUCUCGUGUGCGGCAAUUUCCUCUACCGUCAAGUCCAAAGUAAAUAAUGAUCCCGUGUGUUAACGAUUGCACCGAUGAAGUGGAGACGUGUGUAUAGGAAUAGAGUAUAUAUACGCGAGUAAAUAUAUAGGGUGAGAAUGUUAGGGGGAAAAAAACAACACGUGGAUACAACGUUUCUAAGUUAUUUCUCUUUUAAAAGUUCCCUUUAAGCCAUGCACCUCGUUGAUAUGGACCAACAAUUUAUUUUUCCUUCUUUUAUCCAGCGAUACUACUGCAGUAGAACGUCAACGUGAAAUCGAAAUCUAAAAAAAGUAAAAAUUACACUUUAUCCGCUGUUUGAUAGUGGUUAUUACAUAAACAUAAUAGUAUAAUGAAAACAAAUAUUUAAGAAACGGAAAAAGUCUGUGUUUUUAAAUUGGUAGAUAAUUUAUAGUAUACAGUAUAGAGUUUCCAGUUCCCACUCAGAAUAUGCCGUACGUGAAAACAUCAUAGGUGUAAAAUAUUCCCCUUGAAAAAUUCUCAUUAGAAAUAUUACCUAUUCAAAAUAUCCUCAUUUAAACUAUGACACUUAGAAAGGUUUUUGAAAAUGUAAAAAAGUUUUCAAAUGAAAUAAGUUUUGAUAUGGUUAAAACGUGUUAAAAAUUCUAAACUGUGAAAAUUCUAAUCUGCCAUAGAGUAUCAUUUAAAAAGAAUAGCGUACUUACAAUUUUGAACUACAAUAAUAGCGUAUCAUUUUUUUUAUGAGAUUUACUUUUUUAACUCGUUUGACGAUGUAUAUUUCGUAUUGCGAUUCUAUUGUAUGUAAAUUUAUUAGUAUUUAAUUUUCAGAUGUAAUUUAAUGUAAUUUAAUAUAUAUUUUUUAGAAAGGAAUUAUUGCAACACAUGUUGGAUAUUAUAUGUACGGGAUUUUUUGAAUAAGGGAUAAUUUUCAACGAGAAUAUUUUCAUGUACAGGAUAUUUUGAGGGUGUGACAUAGUAUAGGUAGUAUUCCCAUCACGCAAGUAUGAUAACGUUAAAAUGGUAAUUAAUGAUUCGACUACAAAAUGUUAUGUAUUUAUAGUGUUUUUAUGUUAAAUAUGAAAUAAAUAUCGGCGCGUUAGGGGCAACGAUGAUUUGUUAAAAAAUAAUAAAUUUAUACCCAUCGUAUAAUAUUUUAUAAUAAUACUACUAUGUGCCGGUGCAUUACAAUGCACCGGGCGUCAUUUAUAUCGUUUAGUUUUUCCGUAGGGGUCUUAACAAUAAUAAUAACACGUGGGGCGAAUCUGUACUAAAGUGCGGAAAUUUGCAUAAAUACAACAAUGCAGUGCGUGUGUUUUGCAUGCGGCGAGCGUCUCUCGAAUUAUUUAAAUUAACAAAAUACACCGUUGUCUCAUCGUCGUCGUCGUCGAUGUUGCGACCAUUCUUCAAAUGGGCAUUCACAUCCCUUUUAAUGUCGUUGCAUAUUUACAAUGCGCACUAA